AUGAGGUGCCAGGUCCAGAAGAUUGUGCGGGGGACCUUCUUGUCUGUUGACCAGAGUUGCCUACACUGCCUCUACAACAGAAAGUGGAUGAGCCAGCCGCUUCUUGGAAGCACACCUGCUGGCAAUCUGCAGCUGUCUGCAGCCAUCCUCUUCUCAGGAUCAUCAUUCAUUCAAACAAAUAAGGUACUGAACACAAUGCGAGUGAAGACGAUCAGCAGUGCCACCUUCCAUGUCCAUGCCCGCUCAUACCUGCAGCCAACCAUUUUCUACAAAUGGAAGACAGACCAGGAGGAGCUGCUGCAGUCACUGAGGCAGAAGGAGACGGUUUCUUUUGCUGGGGACAUGAGGGCAGACUCUCCUGGGCAUUCAGCCAAGUAUGGAUGCUACUCCAUGAUGGAGCUGGACAGCAAUGUCAUUGUAGACAUUCAGAUGGUCCAGAGCAACGAGGUGGGCGGCAGUGGCAGGAUGGAGAAGGAGGGUCUGAAAAGGAGCCUGCAGUUCCUUGAGGAGUCAGGUCUGACUGUGGGAUGCCUUGUCACGGACAGACACCCUCAAAUCCAGAAAUACAUCAGACAAGAGAAGCCUGCAGUGAUUCACUACUAUGACGUUUGGCAUGUGGCAAAAAGUGUGUCACGAAAGUUGGAGGUAAUUGCCAAAAAGUGUAAAAAGGUGAAGAAGUGGCAACGCAGUAUAACAAACCACAUGUACUGGUCCGCAACAACAGCUGCAUCUGGAAAGGAAACCGUGGCCAAGUGGAGUUCCCUCAUAAACCACAUGCACAACAUCCACACCCACGAAGAUCCCUUGUUCCCGAAGUGUGUUCACCCUGAUCUUUCAGAAACACAUGGAAACAAGUGGUUCCAGCCUGGUAAUGCAACUGUCUACAAAGUAGAAAAGGCCCUGUUGAACAAGAGGAUCCUGAAAGAUGUGGAGAAACUAAGUCCACAGCACCAGACGUCAGCACUGGAGGCGUUCCAUUCUGUAAUUCUGAGGUUCGCACCAAAGAAUGUGCAUUUCCCUUUUGUUGGGAUGCUGUGCAGGCAUUACUUGGCCGGGAUGCAUUUCAAUGAGAACGCCGACCGGAGCCAGGCAAUAAGCUCCACAGGACAACUGGCCUACAUGAUAAAGUACCCAAAGUCAAAGAAGGGACAAUACUCCAUUCAAGCCCUCAAGACCAAGCCAACAUACAACUAUCGGGACGCACUGAUGACACUGCUAUUCCUUGAGGUAUUCCAAAAUCCUGGGCUGCACACAGCCAAGAUGAGCCAGAUGCCAGUUCCAGAGAACCUGAAUGCAUUGUAUGAAAGACCAGUAAAGGCUGAUGCUAUAGCUACCUAUGUGUCACGAUUCAGUCAGUGA